CCGACUAGUUAAAGAGGACGGAUAUGAGACCAAAGAUUUAUCUGUUCGGAGACUCCAUCACGGAAAUGUCAUUCGAGGAUGGUGGAUGGGGCGCUGCCCUGGCCAAUCACUUCCGCCGCACGGCUGAUGUGGUGCUGAGAGGGUACAGCGGUUACAACACAAGUUGGGCUCUGAGGAUUCUUGAAAAGGCGGCUUUCCCGGCAGAGGAGUGUGCGGGUUCGCCGCCGCUGGCGGUGACGGUGUUUUUCGGUGCCAACGACGCCUCUCUUCCGGAUCGAUCAUCUUCCUUCCAGCACGUGCCUGUUGAUGAGUACCAGAAGAAUCUGCGAUCCAUUGUCUCCUUCUUCAAGAAAAAAUGGCCAACGGUGCUUGUUAUCCUCCUUACACCGCCCCCAAUUGAUGAAGCAGCGCGCCUUCUUCACCGGUUUGAUGAAAACAAAUCGGGCCUUCCGGAGAGAACAAAUGAAGCUGCAGGAGCUUACGCCAAAGCGUGUAUUGAUGUUGCCUCAGAGCUUGGAGUUCCAUCUGUGGAUCUCUGGACAAAGGUUCAGCAAGUUUCAGACUGGAAAAAAACUUGUUUGAGCGAUGGUUUGCACUUGGCUCGUGCGGGGAAUGGAAUCGUGUUUGGUGAGGUGGUGGAUGUGCUCAAGAAACAAGGGCGCAAUGCAGAAUCUCUGCCAUCAGAUUUCCCCAUCAUUGACAACAUUGAUCCAAAUGACCCUCUUAAAUCUUUCUAAAACAAAUGUCAUUUGUAUUUUAUCAAAUGUAAGCAACUAUAUUUUAAAUAAAAGAAUCAAAUCAUAUCAUUAACAUUCACAUCAGAAGGCUACAAACAUUUAGACUAGAGGAACCCAAAAUAUUUCAAUGUUCAUAUCAAAGUAACUUUUUUGGGGUAAGAAGAGCAUGGGGUAAGUAAGUGAAGGUGAAGGGUAUAUUUAUGGAGUGACGCCAAACAAUAUAACCAUAUGAGCAAAUAUUGCAUUCACCUUAGUAAGAAUCAAAAGGCUUGGACAAAAAGUUUUGUUUCUUCUUCACUUCCAAAAUAUUGGACGCCUUUCUUCGAAGUCGGGAGGUCUCUGGUAUAUAAGGAUCGCGGCAUUGAUUAAAAUUCCAGCGGUUAAAGCCCAUAUAAUAUAAACGCCGUCCUUUGAUUGAUGGUUAAAGAAAUGCAGUAGAUACUUGUUCCCCAUCCAUUCCCGCUCCUCUCUUCUGUUUUCAUUCU